AUGGCACGUGCUGCAGAUCCCCAAGAUGCUCGAACUGUCGGGAUCAUUACCAAGUGCGACGCUCUAGAACCAGGUGAUGAGGAUGGGGUGCUCAGAAUUGCUAGAAACGAGGUUGAACGGCUCAACCAUGGAUGGUACGUGGUUAAGAAUCGCUCGACAAGGGAGAUUCGCGACGGUGUCACUAUUGAAGAACGCCAUAUUCGCGAGAGAGAGUUCUUUGCCUCCACAGCGCCCUGGACUGAUCUUCCUAGAGAUCAUGUUGGCAUAGAAAAUGUCAAGCGCUUUCUUGCGGGGCUACUUUACCGCCACAUUCAACUCGAGUUCCCUUCAUUGGUCAAGGAGAUCGAGGACCUCACUCAAGAAACGCAAAAUCAGCUCGAAAUGCUUGGGCCUUCCCGCCAAACAUCAAUAGACCAACGCAGAGUGUUACUGCCCGCCUUUAACGACGGAGUCUUUGGGUUGAUCGUACCCGACGAAGAUUUGAGGCGGAACCUCAGGGCUCGUCUCCAACGACUUGAAACAUCAGCUUUUCGAACGGCCGAGGAAUACCUAAGCCAGCUUCUCCGGGAUGAAAGAGAGGGCAUAUUGCAGACUGUGAAUAAUUAUUUUGCAGAAAAUAUUGCCUCUAUUAGGGAAGAGCGAAUGCGCGCCAGACUGGGGUCAUUAGGAAUCCAAGAUAACCAUCAGCAAUUGGUUAAUAUCAAACAGCUGAUGGGUGGCAUUCAUCUGAGUAAUGACGAUCAAGCGAUCUACGAUAGUCACGAUACUCUCAAAGCCUUCUACAAGGUUGCUUUGAAACGAUUCACAGAUAAUGUGAUUGUUCAAGUCACAGAACGCCAUCUUCUUGGUCCACGAGGGCCUGUCAAACUCCUAUCUCCGGAGUUGAUUGGCGAACUUUCUGAUGGUGAGCUAGCUGAUAUUGCAAGCGAGAACUUUGCAACAUCUUCCGCCAGAACUGAGCUACAGGCUCGAAUGGAUAGGCUUCAUCGAGCUUUAGAUAUCGCCAGGCAAGCUGGUAUCUGA